CUCCAGGAGGAGGACAAUCGCCUUUCAUGCUCACAGCAUUGUAACAUUUUUCCCUGGCCGAUGCUUGUAUGCUUGUUUUUGUCCUGUGCACGUUUAACUUCCUUAAAAAUUCAUUCAUAUAGUCCAAAUCCGAAAUAGCCGUACGGGUUCAUCAUCGCUUCUGCACUCGACCCUUCCUGAGUCGGCUCAUCUUUUUAUGCCUGAUCUAUUGGGAUUCAGAGUGGGUGUUGUCACAGGACAAUGAUCGAGAGACCCGACUCAGCUGUUUCCAGCGUUGCACAGAGGAAUCUGGAGGGUUAUGUCGGCUUCGCCAACCUCCCCAACCAGGUGUACAGGAAGUCCGUGAAGAGGGGGUUUGAGUUCACACUCAUGGUUGUCGGUGAGUCUGGACUGGGCAAAUCCACGCUUAUCAAUUCCCUCUUUCUGACAGACCUGUACUCCAAAGACUACCCUGGCCCAUCUCAAAGGAUCAAGAAGACUGUUCAGGUGGAACAGUCCAAAGUACUGAUAAAGGAGGGGGGAGUCCAGCUCACACUGACCAUCGUCGACACACCAGGUUUUGGAGAUGCAGUGGACAACAGCAACUGCUGGCAACCUGUCAUUAACUAUAUCGACAGUAAGUUUGAAGACUUCCUGAAUGCUGAAUCCCGAGUAAACAGGAGGCAGAUGCCUGACAACAGGGUGCACUGCUGUUUGUACUUCAUCGCCCCCUCUGGUCAUGGACUGAAGCCUCUUGAUAUCGAGUUCAUGAAGCGUCUUCAUGACAAAGUCAAUGUCAUCCCGCUCAUCGCCAAGGCCGAUACACUGACGCCAGAGGAGUGCCAGCUUUUCAAGAAACAGAUUAUGAAGGAGAUCCAAGAGCAUAAAAUAAAGAUCUAUGAGUUUCCCGACACAGAGGACGAUGAGGACAGCAAACUGAUCCGAAAGAUAAAGGAGAAGAUGCCUCUGGCCGUGGUCGGUAGCAACGUGGUGAUCGAAGUAAAUGGCAGGAAGGUCAGAGGGCGUCAGUACCCCUGGGGUGUGGCAGAAGUGGAGAACGGUGAGCACUGCGACUUCACGGUCCUGAGGAAUAUGCUCAUUAGGACUCACAUGCAGGACCUGAAGGACGUGACUAAUAAUGUUCACUAUGAAAACUACCGGAGUAAGAAACUAGCAGCCGUCACCUGCAACGGGGUCGAUGCCACCAAGAACAAGGGCCAGCUUACAAAGAGUCCCCUGGCCCAGAUGGAGGAGGAGAGGAGGGAGCAUGUGAUGAAGAUGAAGAAGAUGGAGACAGAGAUGGAGCAGGUCUUUGAGAUGAAGGUCAAAGAAAAGAAGCAAAAACUGAAGGACUCCGAGGCAGAGCUGGAGCGGCGUCAUGAACAGAUGAAGAAGAAUCUCGAAGCUCAGUAUAAAGAGCUUGAGGAGAAGAGGCGCCAGUUUGAGGAAGAAAAAGCCAACUGGGAGACUCAGCAACGCAUCCUGGAGCAGCAGAAACUUGAUGCAUCAAAGUAAGACUCUCGCUGUUCUCUCAUC